AUGUCGGUUCGUCUCCGUCGUUUCCGCUUCCCCUUAAUUUCUCGGCGAGUUCAACCGCCACCUGCGCCGCAUUUUAAUCUUAGCCGCCACGAAACCAAGUCUGCAGAUGCUUCCUCCAUCUUCGUGCCGCACAAUCAGACCUUAUCUCUGCCGUUUCUCAUCUAACGCCUGUUAUUCCCGCGAAAUUCCUGUUCGGUAUUGUUCUUCGAACUCGAAAAUGGGUCCUGGCAAGAACGCCGUUCCGAACCCCAGUGGCAGUUGUUCCCGUCCUUCUAUCUCUGAAAGAAGUCAUGAAUCUCAGAAAAACAAUCAAAUGUACAUUAAGAAGCAACCCACGGCACAUGAUCGGCAGACUACUGCAUUUGGAGAAAAGGGGUUUUCUAAAAAUGGUGGAGAUGAACAAGCAAUGCAGUCUUUAGCUAGUAGAGGUAUACAAUCAGUGCAGUCUGAGUCUAGCAACGUUCAGAAUUGUGAUUAUGAAGCAGAAUAUCCCCCACUCAGUGUUAACAUGGGAUGUAGUUCUAAAGGAAUGAACUUGGGUAGAAGGAAAAGUGAGAUUGAUUUAGGAUCCAAACGGAGGAAGGAAGGUACUGGAUCACCUGAACUUGCCGGCUUGAAAAUUGGAAAUAUUGGAAGCCCAUGUGAAGAAAUUUCUUUGCCCAUGCAGUUUGGAAAGAAGGCAAUGAACUCAGGUAGAAGGAAAACUAGGAUUGAUUUAGGAUCUGAGCAGAAGAAGGGAGAUAUUAGAUCACCUGAACUUGAAGGUUUAAACAUUUCAAAUAUUGCAAGCCCUUGCGAUGAACUUUCUUUGCCUACAAAAUUUGGAAAGAGGGCAACACAUCGAGAAAAAUCACCUUCUGGCAGAAGCCAAUCUAGAAAUUUGGCAAGUACUAAGAGUUCCAACUGCUCUGAUGAAUCUGUUAAGGUGGACAGAUUCUAUAUCUGCAAUCAUAGAAUUAGAGAGUUUGAUGGACAUAAUGAUUCCAUUAAUGAAAGCAAUUGGCAGAACAGGAUGGAGAUGGAUGCAACCCUGGAAGGGAAUGAACAUAGAGUACUAAGAUCUGGAAUGGUUUUGUUGAAACAUUACAUUGCUCUUCCUGAUCAGAUCAAAAUUGUUGAGACUUGUCACAAUCUUGGCAAAGGCCCUGGGGGAUUUUAUAGACCAGGCUACAAGGAUGGAGCAAAACUACAUCUGCACAUGAUGUGCCUUGGUCUUAAUUGGGAUCCUCAGACAAGAAAGUACAGUAAAGAACAUCCUGUUGAUUGUUGCGAGCCACCUGAUAUCCCAAAUCAUUUUAGUCUCUUGGUUCAAGGAGCACUACAAGAGGCACAUGCCCUCAUCAAGAAAGAUUUAAGAGGAAGCAAUGUGGAAGAUACACUUCCUACAAUGUCACCAGACAUAUGCAUUGUGAACUUCUAUAUGAACAGUGGGCGGCUAGGUCUCCACCAGGAUCGAGAUGAAAGCAGAGAGAGCAUCUAUAAAGGAUUACCAGUUGUUUCCUUCUCUAUAGGUCAUUCAGCUGAGUUUCUCUAUGGCAUUGAUAGGAAUGUUGACAAGGCAGAAAAAGUUUUACUGGAAUCAGGAGAUGUACUUAUAUUUGGUGGUGAGUCUCGGCUGGUAUUUCAUGGUGUACCAUCAAUAGUUCCUGACACAGCUCCUAAGGCUCUUUUAGCAGAAACCGGAAUGCACCCUGGUCGACUAAAUCUCACUUUCAGAAAAUUCUGAAUGCCUCCUUUCUCUAAACAGAGUGUUGGGCAUCUGCUUGAAUUUAGGAUAAGGAUUCUUUUGUCUCAAUUAUUGUUUCAGAUCAUUCUGCAAACCUUACAUUCUAAAACCCUAAAUGUAUAAAACCACAUUCAUUAUCUGUUUAAGUGUCUCAACAUUGCGUACAAAAUGAAAGCUGAUUCUCCAU